AUGGCUGCCCUAACCGCAAACACACCCAUAUCGCAGGGGUUCUACAAGCCUGAAGAAAAUGUCUUCUGCAAUGACGGCCGGGAAGACCAGCUCCUCCACUUCAUAACCACUCAUCCCCAACUAUCCGCCAUCCGCAACUCGCCGGAGGCUGUACUCGCCGCCGUCGACGAGUUCGCGCGCACCAAGGACUUUCUGAUGAACGUGGGCCCAUACAAAGGCGGCAUAAUCACCGACAUUAUUGCCACCGAGCGGCCCAGCUCCAUUCUCGAAAUCGGCGGCUACAUCGGCUACUCGGCCAUCAUGUUCGGCAACGCAAUGCGCAACACGGGCGUCCCGACCCCUCGCUACGUCAGUCUUGAAAUGAACCCGAAGUUCGCAUCUGUCUCGCGCGCCUUGGUUGAGGUUGCCGGUCUCGGUGACGUCGUUGAGAUUCAGGAGGGUCCGUGUCGGACGUCUCUGCACCGCCUUGCGGCGGGCACCUCGAACCAGGGACCCAGCUCGAAGAAGUGGGAUAUUCUCUUCUUAGAUCACUCGAAGAUCUCGUAUUUGAACGAUCUGAAAUUAGCCGAGGAGUUGGGAAUCGUUGCGCCUGGGUCAAUUGUCAUUGCGGACGAUAUGAAGAGACCAGGCAAUCCGAUGUAUUCGGAUUAUGUGAGGGCUGAUACCGCGACGAAGACGGAGGCCUAUAUGCCGUUUGUGGGAUGUCUGUCUGACGGAGGGAUCUCGUUGGGAAAUCCGUACUUGGUAUACCAGACUAUGCUGCUUGAAGGGUUGGAGCCGACAGGGCACAUGGUGAGUUUUCAUUACCCCCGUUUAUUGCGAUUUCGAAAAGCAGGCUGA